GAAAAAUCUGGCAACCUUAAACAGUUUCUCUCUCUUGUAGCGGUAACGCUAAAUAACUAAGAAAACAUCAUCUUAUUUUGUGAACAAAUUUGUGAUUUUCUCGGAAAACUACCACAGAGCUUGAAAAAUGGCUGCUGUUCAAAAGCCAAAGAGUGAGAUGACCCCGGAGGAGCUUGCUCAGCACGAACAAGAGGAAUUCAACACCGGCCCCUUGUCAGUCUUGACACAGUCUGUGAAGAACAACACACAAGUCCUGAUCAACUGCAGAAAUAACAAAAAGCUUUUGGCUCGUGUCAAAGCUUUUGAUAGGCAUUGCAACAUGGUCUUGGAGAAUGUGAAGGAAAUGUGGACAGAGCAGCCAAAGACAGGAAAAGGCAAAAAGAAGUCCAAGCCCGUCAACAAGGACAGAUUUAUCUCCAAAAUGUUUUUAAGAGGAGACUCUGUUAUCCUGGUGCUCAGAAACCCCCUGGCCACAGCAAAGUGAAUCUUUUUAUAAAAUGUUUUUUGUUAUAAUUUCUAUGUUGUAGCUUGUGUGUGUUGAAUUUGAAUGCUUGAUGUAUAAAAAGUGAAUACAUGAGAGAGGGAUAUAUGAAUGAGUAGGUUUCUUGCCUUUCUCUGAUAUGCUGCCAGAGACGAGGUCAUUUGAGAGAGACACAUUAUAAUCAAAUAAUGGAAUUGAAUCAAUUGAUUGUAACACCAGAUUUCUGUGUAAUUUCGUUCAAGUGACCUGUGAAAAAAUAUUUGAAGCAAGACGCCUAGACACGAGUGGUUGAUAUUGAGAAAUGUGUUCAUUUUUAAUGUUCUCAUUUUUAUGUAAGUGAAUCAUUUCUGGGUCCAUCUACAAAAAUAAAACCUGUUGCUGGUUUCAAGAUAAA